UGGUUAUGAAGUUGCAUUUCUCAGUUGCCUUCCAAAGAAAUGAACAAAAAAGUGAAGUAUAGGAACAAACAACACUAAAAAUGUAAUAUAGAUGAAGAAAGAUGAGUAGAAAUAGAAGUUUCCGUGGGCAAAAGACUAAAUGCUAUUUCUAUCAAAAUUAAAUUAUGGAUCUUCAAAUUUUGAAAAAAAACAACAUCCUCGUUUUUAGACAAAUCGCCAUUAAUUUUCAUCAUCCGACUUUGGUUUCCAAAUACCAUAGUUUAGACGUCUUGUCCUUUUCGAUCGGACUGUCAAAGCCAUAAACAUCCGCUUAUUACAGCAAAUCUGUUUUGUCAUCGUCGAAAACAACGAACUGUAUUUUGAUUCAACCAUUAGCCCUGUUUCCCAAAUCCGAAAUAGCUGUUUCUAACAGAAUAGUUCUUUGAAGUGUUUUUUUUACAUAUAUUUAAUCUCUUGGGGGUGGGAUUAUGCCAUUUACAAAUCGUUUAUACACAGAGUAGAAAUCGAGAGAAAUGGAAAGUGCGGCGAAGGGGAAAGUUUGUGUAACUGGAGGUACUGGAUUUGUAGCUUCAUGGCUGAUCAAGAAGCUUCUUGAAAAUGGCUACUCUGUCACUACCACUGUUAGAGCCGACCCAGAGAAGAGAAAAGACUACAGCUUCUUGACAAAUCUACCCGGAGCAUCAGAAAAGCUGCAAAUAUACCAGGCUGAUCUUCACGACCCGAACAGCUUUGCUCCUGCCAUUGCAGGUUGCAUUGGAGUCUUUCAUCUUGCUACCCCAAUUGAUGUGGAUGACAAAGAACCUGUGGAAUCGUUGACGAGACGAACGAUUGAAGGAACAUUGGGCAUCCUUAAACUUUCUGUAGAUUCGAAAACAGUAAGGCGAGUUGUAUACACUUCCAGUGCGGCCACCAUGCAGUUUAAUCACCAUAAAGUAGACUUCUUGGAUGAGAACUGUUGGAGUGACAUUGAUUAUAUCAAUAAUAUUGCACCGUUGGGAAGAUCAUACCCGAUUUCCAAGACUUUAACCGAGAAAGCAGUUCUCGAGUUCUCUCAGCAAUAUGGAUUAGAAGUUGUCACUGUCCUUCCAACGUAUGUCGUCGGUCCCUUCAUUUGUCCUAAAAUUCCCGGCUCUGUUCAUGUGAUACUGUCUCUGAUAUUAGGUAAUGAAUCAGAGUAUGGUUUGAUCUUGAAAUCAAACAUGGUGCAUGUGGAUGAUGUGGCAAGAGCACACAUUUAUCUAUUUGAACAUCCGAGUGCAAGUGGGCGAUAUGUUUGUUCUUCUCACAUAAUCACAUUGGAAGAAUUGGCUAACUUCUUUUCUGCCAAGUACCCAGAAUUUCAGAUACCAUCUCCUGAGUCUUUGAAAGAUGUCAAAGGCUACAUAUUCACUGAUGUCUCAUCAAAGAAGCUUUUGGAUGCUGGUUUUCAAUACAAGUAUGGUAUCGAAGAAAUGCUUGAUGGAGCAAUCGAAAGCUGCAAAGAGAAGGGUUAUCUCUAGCUCGUGUUUUUGUAUUAUUAUAUAUGAAACAAAGGAGAAGUAAACAUGGAAAUAAUGUUGAUCAAAGUUCUUGAUUGCAAAGUUUGAUGUGGUUAAUUUCUAUAGGCGCUUUGGAUGAUACAAAAUUUGUAUGUUACAAUUGGCUUUGAAGUAGUUCCUAUUUCUGUUUAGCAUAGUCUGUUUUCUUCUGAAAACAUAUGUAUUUUUAUUAGUGAUGGGUUCUGAAGCAUGGAACUGCUGUGUACUUCGAAUUUAUUUUUAUACUGAUCCUCAGUCUUUGAAAUCCA